AUGCGGAAGCCCAGGAAAAAACCAACAAAUAGAGGAAAAGGUACAAGUCUCGCUCCUGAAUUCUCUUCUCCUUCUACUUCAGAGAGUUUGAUAGGUCUUGUAGAGGACGACGUCCCAAAUACUGAAUCUGGGAACACAGAGAGGAAGAAUGUCCCAAAUACUGAAUUUCGGAAAAAGGAGAGACUGCAAAUAAGGAAGGAUGCCCCAGAUGGUAAUUCUGGGAACAGGGAGAGACUACUUAUUGGGAAUGAUGCCCUGAAUAGUGAUGUUUGGAACAGGGAGACACCACCGAAAAGGAUGGACAUCCCAAACACUGGUAUUGGGGAUAUGGACGUCCUAGUUACUGAUUUUGGGAAUACGGAGAGACCACCCAUGAGGAAGGAUAUCCCGAAUACUGAUUUUGGGAGCAUGGAGAGACCACCAAUAAGGACAGACGUCCAAAACACUGAUUUGGAGAACAUGGAUGCCUCAAUUACUGAUGUUGAGAACAUGGAGAGACCGCCAUUAAGGAAGGGCAUCCCAAAUACUGAUUCUGGAAACAUGGAGAGACCAACGACAAUGAUGGACGUCCUAGAUGCUGAUUUUGGGAGCAUGGAGAGACCACCAGUAAGGCUGGUUGAGAAACAAAAGAUCGAAGAAAACCAAAAGAAUGACGAUGCAAAUAAGCAAGCCGUGGAUCUCCUACACAUGAUGGAGGAAUGGAGAGACCAAGUUAAUGAAGAGAAAAGGCAAUAUCGGUUAGAGAAAUUAGAGAUGCUUAGGAGAGGCUUGAGAUGGAUAAGGAGAGGCUUGAGAUGGAUAAAGAGAGGCUUCGACUCGACCGUGAGGACAAAGAGGAGAGAAUAA